AGGCACGAACGUGGCUUGAUGAGGUCUCAGCCAACGUUUGUUCUCGUUAAUAUUGUGACGUAAUGUCAAAUGAAUAGCAUUCCUUUGUUAUUCUCUUGUUUCUUAUAUUACGAUUAUUCGUGUUCUUCCAUGAUAUUUUCUAUUUGUCUAUUGUCGACUUUUCGAGUGUUUCCAAAACGAGAAUAUCCGAAUUCGCUAUAUUCUCUACAGCCGACAUAUUUGCCAACGACGGACGAAAUUCAAAAUUUUCGAGAAUUUCUAAGUGAUGAGCCGACGUCAGAACAUUGAUAUGGAUUUGUUGUUCUUCUCUUCUAUAGAUGAUGCUACGAAAACAUGGCUCGAUACUCUGCAUCGAAUGUGGUCACUGUGGAAAAAAUGUAGCGGUGUCAGCAAAACGUUGACGGAUUACUUCGAGACUGCUCCAAAUCCAUAUCUUAGCACAUUGAGAAUUCUUGUCAAUGUUUCGGAUUUUGAUCACAUGACAAACAACAAAUCACUUGCAUUUGCAGUGAUAGAAGAGUUUUCGAAUUGGAUAGAAGAAAGGAAAGAAGGAUACAAAGAUUUUCUUGUUCCUGAUUUGAAACUAGCAACAUUUAAAUUAGUAAGACAGAAACAUAUGAAACAGAUGGUGUUAAUAGAGGCGAUAUCUGUUAUAUAUGAUUUUGUAGAACAUAAAGAUAUAUUCUUAUCAACAAUAGAGGAUAUAAUAAAAGAAAAAGAAUAUAAAGAAGCUGCACAAUAUAUAGCAAUGUUACAGUUGCAAAGUCAUUUUAUGGACCCAGAAAUAUUAUUACUACCUCUCAUACUACAAAAUAAAUUGCAAAUAGUUGAUAAAUUUUUAACAGGCUGUCCAGAAGUUCAAAGAUCAUUAACAACUUAUUUAGACAAUUUAAUAGCACCAGGAAAAAAUGUACAGAUUAUAUUGGAACAAUUUGUUUAUACAAAUGAUAUACCAGAAGUUAAGAUAUCAUUGACACAAAUUCGUCCAAUAACCAAGCUUAUUGCACGUUUAAUAAAGCAAUAUAAUUUAUCACCCGAUGUAUGCCCUCAUUUAAACACAAAACGAAAUGAAGGAGCAUUGCAAUUCCUUAUAUAUAAGCGCUAUGUGGAUGGUAGUUUAAAUAUUGCCAGUUGGAGAGAAAUGGUAAAAGAAGCAGUAGGAAAUGAUGCCAAAUUACAAACAGAGUUACUAAGUAUGUUAAUUAAUGCCAAUGACCCAAAAGAAGGUUUAUAUUGGGCAAAGGAAUAUGAAAUACCUAAAGAUGAAUGGCCGUGGGCUAUUGUAGAUGUAGAAGAACAGAAUGCAUCACUAAUAAAUGAGGGCGCUUCGACAAGUAGAGAUAAAACUUGGGAACCAAAUAAGGAUAAUGUAAAUUAUCAUAUUUUAAAAUUACCGAGAGAAAACAUCAAAUUAGUAGAUGAUAGACGAUUAUUCGAAGAAUUUCUUGAUAACGGAUUGAGGGAUGUUCAUAUAGUUGGAAUUGAUUUAGAGUGGAAACCUAGCUUUGGAACUAAACAACCUGAACUAGCACUUAUGCAAGUAGCUACUGAGGAUAAUGUCUACAUUUUGGAUAUAACUACUAUUGGCAAUACAUUACCUGAACUUUGGAAUGAACUUGGUCUUGUAUUGUUCGGAAAUAAAGAUAUUAUCAAAAUUGGAUUUGGAAUAGCACAAGACACGGCUGUAAUACGUAAUAGUUUACCUGCCUUAUCAUCUAUUAAAGCAUAUGGCCAAGGAUAUCUUGAUUUAAUAUUUUUAUGGACAAAAUUAGUAGAAGAAUACAAUUUUAUUUUCCCAUACAAAGGUGACCCAAGUUUCACAAAUAGAAGCUUAAGUAAACUUGUGGAAUUAUGUUUUGGACAAAGACUCGAUAAGUCUGAUCAAUUUUCAAAUUGGGAACUGAGACCAUUGAGGGAAAGUCAAAUAAUAUAUGCUGCACUAGAUGCAUAUUGUUUGUUGGAAGUAUACAAUGUACUAGCAGAUUAUUCAGCAGAUAUGACCAUACCGUUUGAAGAUAUUUGCGCUGAAAUACAGGGUAUUCCGCAUACACAUACAAAAACUAAUACGAAUAAAACUGCACAUAAGAAAUAUACGUAUUCAAAUCCAACAAUACCUAAUAGAGACAAUGAGGAUUACUGCACGAAUGUAGGGACUUCACCAAAAUAUGGUAUAGCACACAAGUCUACAUCCAAAUAUGGAUAUAAUAAACAGAAUCAGAGUAGACCUGUAUAUCGUGAAUUAACCAAUGAUAAUAGAUAUGAUAACCAGAAAAAAUAUGAUCAUCAUGAUAAUCAUGAUAAAAGUGCACAUACUAGAAUAAUCCAAAUAGUUAAUGAUAAAAGACGCGAUAACCAAAGAAGAUAUGAUAAUCGUGAUAAUCAUAAUCAGAAUAAACACGCAAAUGUCAGAAUAAAUCAAAUAGCUAAUGGAAGAUACGAUAAUCAUAAAUAUGAUCCACAAAGUAGAUGUGGUAGCCAAAGUAGACGCGAUUGUAAUAGAUACGACAAACAGGAUAGAUGGGAAGAUAUUCAAGGUAGACGAAAUACUCCAAACAGACAAAAUACGAAUAAAUCUGAACCCAUACAACGACGAAAUUGGGAUUUAAUCCCUGCACAUACAUGGCGCGUUGUAUGCGAUUCAAUGUUGGGUGGUUUAAGCAGUAAAUUGCGCUUAUGUGGUAUAGAUUGCAUACAUGUAUUAUUUGAUCAAGGAGGAGACGAUUCCGCGAAAUUGGCAAUGCGCGAAAAUAGGAUUCUAUUAACGCGUAACAAGAAUUACGAAAAAUUUAAGCAGUAUUUAUCGAUGGAGAAAUGCUACAGGAUAAUGGCCGACACAGCUGACAACCAACUACGUGAAGUUUUAAAUCACUUUGGUAUUGUAGUAACGCAGAAUGAUAUUUUUAGUCGAUGCCAAAUAUGUAAUUUUGAUGAAUUCGUGAAAGUUCCAAAGAAACUAAUGGAUGCUCUUAUGCAAAGCUUCGUGAAAAUUAUAAGAAGAAACAAUUAUCGAGUAUUGCCUAAUCAAGCUGACAAUACAGUAGAAACAAAUGCUGAUAACUCCGAUUCGAAUGAUGAUUUUGAAGUUGUUCGAAAUCGAAAUAAUUAUUUUACAAAUAGCGAACAUCGUACAUGGCGUUUAUCCGUAGAUACUCUUAACAUUGACACAUGUACGACCAAAUACAACAUGCGAAUACAAAUUGAUAAAAUCCCACUAAAUGUACUGAAAAAUGUGCAGGUUUUUUAUGUCUGCGAGCAUUGUGGAAAAAUAUAUUGGAACGGUUCGCACUUGGAACGAGCUCUUAAUGGCGUAAUCAAAGAUUUAAUUGUUAAACAAUAAGAGUAUCGCGAUAUUAAAUGUGAUAGAGGUCAAGAGGUGCAUGCUUGAAGAACUGGGUAUAUAUUAUAGAAUUAUUCGGAAUUGAUUCCGAUCAGAAUUAUUCAAUUAUUCCCUAGAUUUUUAUUGUAUUUUCUGAAGAAAAUGGAAUAAUGUCGAUCAGAAUUCAUUCUGGUUUGUUCCAUAAUAAAUGCCUUGAGAAA